AUGGCUUGUCCCGCAGGUUACACGAUCAAAGAUCUGGAUUUGUCAAGCGGUCAGACCCAGGACCAGGAAAACGACAACAGCGAGAAGACGUUGCCAAUGGUGACUCUUUAUCCGCCCACUGCCGAACCUAAGAUCCUCUUAGAUCUCAUGCCAGAACCUAUCAUUGGGCUUCUCAGUGGUCAACCAGCGAUUAUGAUGCAGUGGCUAAAGUAUGGUCUUGCCCGUGGCUCCGUUGAGCACAGUAACUUUGGCGAGCGUGUGCUUCGACGUGGCAUCGAAACCGGUCGAUACAUGACCGCAGCAGUGUACGGAACGUAUGAAGAGAAGGCUGCCAUUACAAGCCUCGUUCACAAAUAUCAUAGCCGCGUUCGAGGCAAGGCGGAUGAGCAAGGUCCGGAUUAUAUGGCCGACGACCCGGAACUACAUAGGUGGACUGCUGCAACUCUUUUUUGGGCUUUCAGCACAGUAUACGAAAUGGUUUUCAAACCCAUGCCCCGAGAAUGGCACGAGAGAUUGAUGCAAGAGUGCUCGAUCUUCGCUACCUCUCUUCGGAUGCCGACCGAGAUGUGGUUUACCAAGCUCGACGAUUUUUGGGAGUACUGGAACCACAACGUUGCCACCUUGGAGGUUACGGACUGGGCACGAAGGCUUAUGAAACAAUUGCUGUGGCCAAAGGUUCCUCUGCUUCUUGCUCCGGCAAGCGCGUGGAUCAACAAUUACAUGAGGAGCUUUACCAUCCAAAUGCUGCCGGACAGGAUCAGGGAGGGCUACGGGCUGAGCAAAACGCCUCUCAAGACGAGGAUCUACAAGUUGCGUAAAAUGCAUACCCGUGCCACGGCUAGAAUGACGCCCAAACCUUUACGACAAGCGAUGAAGCCACUUAUGUUGAUGGACAUGAGGCGGUCUGCGGCCAGGAUUCAAAAACGGGGCACGUGGUGA